GAGCGGGGACAUCAGAACCUCAGAAGGGGUAAAAAAUUCUCGGCUGAAUGAUGAGCUUCCACUGUCUGCCUGAUAAUGACAAUAUUGAUCCAGAGGGUCUGGAGAAGACAGCCACCUUCAGAUGAUACAGAGCUCACUGACAGUUGCUCUUGCUCCCGUCCUACUUCAUGAGAACUUCAGAAGAUACUAACUGAGCUGAAAUGAAAUGAGAACAUUUACAAGACAAUUUUCCCAUCUUGAAAUAGAUUUGAACACUGGUAGAUGUUUUGAAGUCUCUGGGGAAUUUUAUUCAGCUUUCUCCUUUUGAUUCAGGUCUGAAUGUGUUGCUCUUGCAGGUGCAACAAAUUGUGGUGUGGAAAUACGAUAUGGAGAGUAUGAAUCUGAAUGUCGUGAAACAUCUGAAAUGUCAAAUUGUUUGCCAGGCUGCACAGCCUGAUGAAACUACCACGUCACACACAACAGUUCUCUUCCUUUGAGCUGUCACAAGGCAGGUUGGUAAUAGAGUCAGCAUUCACAGAAACAAGUCGCCUCCCUACAAAAACUCUGCAGAUGGUACGUGAACAAUACACUACAACAACACCAGGCACUAGCCUAGAGAGGCCAAAGAAUGAAUAUGUCUACAGAAUUGGAAUUUAUGGUUGGAGAAAGCGUUGCCUCUACCUGUUUGUUCUACUCCUGCUAAUCAUCCUAGUUGUGAAUUUUUCUUUGACAAUUUGGAUUCUUAAAGUGAUGUGGUUUUCUCCAACAGGAAUGGGACAUCUACGUGUUACAAAAGAAGGCCUUCGUCUGGAAGGGGAAUCUGAAUUCUUAUUCCCACUUUAUGCCAAAGAAAUCCAUUCUCGAGUGGACUCAUCACUGCUUCUCCAGUCUACUCACAAUGUGACUGUGAAUGCUCGCAAUUCCAAUGGAGAAGUCACAGGCAGAUUAAACGUGGGUCCUAAAAUGGUAGAAUUCCACGGCCAGCAAUUUCAGAUCAACUCAAAGGAUGGCAAGCCACUUUUUACAGUAGAUGAAAAUGAGGUUGUCAUUGGAACAGAUAAACUUCGAGUCACAGGGCCUGAAGGAGCACUUUUUGAACACUCUGUAGAAACACCACUCGUGAAAGCAGAAGCUUUUAAACAGCUAAGGCUGGAGUCACCAACUCGGUCUCUGAGCAUGGAUGCUCCAAGAGGCAUUAACAUCAAAGCACAAGCAGGGAAUAUUGAAGCUCUUUCCCAGAUGGACAUCAAACUGCACAGCAGUGAUGGUGUGCUUUUGCUCGAUGCAGAAACAGUGAGACUGCCUAAGCUGCCCGAGGGUACAAGAGGAGGACCCGGGGUGUCCCAGGGACUGUAUGAAAUCUGCGUUUGCCCAGAUGGAAAACUUUACUUGUCGGUGGCUGGCUUGGGCUCCACAUGCCAGGAGUACAGCCGGGUCUGCCAAUGAAGCACCACAACAGGCAGCGCACACCCUCGCAAUUCCCAGUUUUAUAUUAAUGCUAAAGAUCAUCGACUGAAGGUGGAAUUUUCAGCAUUUUAAAAACAAACAAAAAAAAAAAACCUGCUACUGAAGAAACAAACCUGUGUCUACAACUCUGGAUUUCAGGGUGAUGGGGGAAGAAGAGCACAAUUGGCAUUUCAACUUCAGAGGAGUAGCUUGACCCUGACGAUACAUUCUGGCAGUCACACUUUCAAAACAGCCUGACAGACAGCGUAAGGAAUAAUAAAAGGAGUGUUUUCUUGCUGAACUAUUAUUCAGUCGGAUGUUUAUGUAAUUGCUAAUAUUUUUGAGCUCUGUGGGUUUUUUCUCUCACUACAUGUAAAUACUGCAUUAGUGGGUUACAUUAAAUUGAGUGAACUACUUGAACUAUUUGAUAAGACAAAGCAUUAUUUGGGGGAAUUCAGGCAGUGCCAACAAAAGGUCUAUGCAAUUUUGUUCUUGCAAUAACACAGAAUAUGAAAGAUGUGCUAUUUGUAUAAGUCUUGUGUAAAGGGUGUCAAUUUGUUGAUAGCUUUCUAUUUUAAUUUGGCAACAUACAUGCUGAUUUGCUUAUCACUAAGAUUCACUAACCAGUGCAAAAGUUCCAGGAGUUAUUUACCUUCCCGUGUCUUCAAAGUUUCUCACUGAAGUAUGUCAGUAUAUUUUAUAAUAGCAAUAGUUGUACUGCCUGUACCAUCACACUCAUUUUAAAACUCCUUUUUAAUUUUAGCACAUGCUAAUUCAACAAGGCAAAUUGCCAGCUUGACAGAAAUAAUUCUUAAUGUGGCUCCAGGUUGUCUGCUGCAGGGAAUCGUUUGGGCGGUGGGGGAAAAAAAUCCUUUUGCAGCCCAUGGGAUUCAGUUAUGAGGACUAUUCCAUUUCCAUCUGCAGCUGUUGACUGAUAUCUCUGAUGCUGUCAGAGUGGGACUCCACCACAAAUGGGGAGAGUAAAAAUACUCUUCAUUCUUUUUUUUUUUUUUUUAUAUUAGGACUUUAGGUAUCAAGUAAAUGCUCACCAGAGCCGAGAAACCAUUUAUUGACCUUGGAGAUAAACGAGACUGCAGACUCAUUCCCCUGUACAGUGUUGCACUGAACACUAAUAAAUUGUUUGCACACCUCCAGAUAGCAGAAUUUGUAUUUAAUAAUCUCAUGGUAUUUCAAUGCCAUUGAUGCUGUUUUGUAUACACUUAAUAUUCUCCCAAGAAGGAGCUGCUAUCACAUAGUGCCUUGGAGUCUAUUUACAGAAAUAUUUUAAACCAUAAUAAUUAGUAAACCACAUAAUACCCAUCCUUCACAGAAAAGAAGCUUCAUCUUUAUGGCUAGAGAAUCAGAACAAAAGAAUGACCAAAAUUUUGCCAUUUUUUACACUUGGUGCUUCAGCUCUUCUGGAGAGUUGGAGAAAUCAAUGCUGAUCUAGGAUCCUAGACACCUAGAAAAGAUUGAGCUGUAAAAAAAAAAAGCCCCCAGUUAACAGUAUCCACUCAUUCUGUAGUAAAACUUUGGGUAGUCCCUGCCUCAAGGGCUGCCUUUAUCAUUUGUCCAAUGAUGGUAAUGUAUAAUGCUAAAAUUACUUUUCACUAGCAGGGUGGAAUCCUCAACAAUUCAUGCAAACUAGGAGAGCUUCAAUGGGAAAAGAUAGGAGACAUGAGAGCUGAAAUUUUGGGUCCAUUUAGGCCAAGAAGGCAAUUGAAUUAAGGUCUCCCACAUUCUGUGGAGAGUGCUCUGACUGCUAACAUCAUGCCUAAGGGCAAAGCAAGAAGCCACACACAGCUUCCAUGCCUGAAAUUCCUUUUGCCCAGGCUCAGGGAUCUGUCUCCAGGAUUGAGCCCAGGGCUCUUGUCUCUAAAGAGGGAAAUAUUUCCCUACUACUGAAUAAUGCAACUAAAUCCUCAACUGAAACAGGCUUUAACAGAAACAUGUCUUUGGCAUUUCUUUAAAGUCAGUUUAAGUGGUUACAGCUCCACAUACAAGUUCUUUCAGACCAAAUUAAGAGUAGCCUUUGUUUAUCCGUGGAAUGGAAAAUCUGUAUAAGUAAAGGACAGCAAUCCACUGCUAGAAAAAAAAAAUUGGAGGACUGUAAUAUCUGUAAAUAGCCCAACAGUGAAACAGAGACUAAAGUCCUCAGAGAGUUCAGUCACCAUCUGGUUUCAGACAUCCGAGUUUUCUCCAUACCUAUGAUUCUUAAAGUAAGGACCAUAUAUCCAUUUCUGUGUGGUACCAAACUACUGCUCUACCAGUCUUAAUCUCUAAACUUUAGCCAGAGACUGAAAUUAAAUGUGUUGUUCACAAUCUACAUAUUCUGCUGCCCAUGAAAACAUAGCAAUUUGAGUUACUCAUUUUAAGCUUCUGCUUUGUGAGCACGUUUUCAAACAUGAAUUGCCACUUAAUGCAGAGGAAGGGACUGGAUCCAGCCUUUCCAUGUUUCACAACAGUAACCUAAUGCCUAAAAUGCUGGGUGUUUGGAAGCAAUUUCUGUUACAACUUUGUCCAUUGAAGUUGUUCUAAGUUAACACUUACAAAGCUGUGGUGUAUGGCAUGCCAUUCCCUGGCUAAAUAGCACUCAUGAGCAUUAUGACACCUCAGUUAAACGUCGAAGUAUUUCUGUGUAUGCCUUUCUGUGACUUUCUGACUUGCCCAAGUCCAGAGGUGAAUUCUGAGUAGCGCAAAGAUCUGCUGUGUCCUGAGCUGGGCGAUUAUCCAAAUCAUGUUUGUUUCUCUCCAUUAUUUUAGACUUCAUUCUUCUUUUUGUUGAGCUACAAAAUGGACAUUGAAAACAUAACAGCAAUUUUUAAAUUGUAAGCAGAAAAACUACUGUGUUUUUUUUUUUAAGCACGGAUAACAAUUUUUUUGUCACUGAAGAACAUUUUGGUUUUUUUUCUUUUAAUUCCAGUUAGUGAAGAAAUUAAGCUUAUGCUAACUAUGGCAAUGUAAUCGGUUGACAGUAUCAUCUGAAUUGUGAAGUCAGUGUCAUUCAUACAUCACUAAAUCAUCAUUUGUCACAUCUCCAUAUGGACAACUUACUAUCAAUUUUAAAUAUUUCAAGAUUACUGUAUGUACCUGAAUCAAACUGCAGUAAAUAACAGAAAAUUACAGCACAGGAAAUCAAGAUUAGGCAGUUCUCUGAUUUAUUUUCAAGUGUUGAACAAAUGGAGAAAAAAAAAUACCACUCAGCAUCGUGAACUGUAUUGUUCCAUACUUACCUCCCCCUUCCUUCCUCCCCCCGGAAAAAAAGAAUUAUGAAGGUUCUUGUAGCUGGUUGAGAUUACUGCAUGUUGGAAAAUUAAAAAGGUCAAAUGAUAGUGAAUACUUACCGAUAAUUGUCCAGACCCAGCCCUCUUUGUUUCCAUUUCAGUUCUUUAUUAUUUACAUUUGUCUGUCUUUUUAUAAAGCUUUAUGCAAAAGGAAAUGGCGACAUUAAACUGAAAACUGAGUUCUUGAAUAAACUUUAUACAUUUUGAAAAA